GCCCCGCCCCCGAGGACAGCGAGCACCAAUCGGCCGCGUGCAGGGCGGGGGCAAGGCCAGGGGAGGAGCCUGCUGUUGUCCCAGCAACGGCCAGGGAGCCUGAGGCGAGGGCGGUCGCGGAGGUUCGCGCCUUAGCGCCCUUGCUGUCAGGGAGGUCCCACGGGAGGCGCGAGGCCGGCGUCGCUGGCGCCCGCGAAGAGGACGGAGUCGGCCCAGAACCAGCAUCCGGCUGCCGCAUUCGCUCCCACUAGCCGUUAAGCUCUGUGAGCGCCAUGGCUGAGGUGCACGUGAUCGGGCAGAUCAUGGGGGCCACCGGGUUCUCGGAAAGUAGCCUCUUCUGCAAGUGGGGCAUCCACACAGGGGCAGCAUGGAAGCUCCUGUCAGGUGUGCGGGAGGGCCAAACGCAGGUGGACACCCCCCAGGUAGGGGACAUGGCCUACUGGUCCCACCCCAUCGACCUGCACUUCGCCACCAAAGGUCUCCAAGGUUGGCCCCGGCUCCAUCUCCAGGUGUGGUCCCAGGAUGGCUUUGGCCGCUGCCAGCUUGAAGGCUAUGGCUUUUGCCAUGUGCCCAGCAGCCCCGGGACCCACCAGCUGCAGUGCCCCACGUGGCGGCCCCUGGGCAGCUGGCGGGAGCAGCUGGCGCGGGUCUUUGUGGGCGGUGGGCCGCAGCUGCUGCACGGGGACACCAUCUACAGCGGGGCUGACCGCUACCGCCUGCACACAGCCGCGGGUGGCACUGUGCACCUGGAGCUUGGCCUGCUGCUGCGCCACUUCGACCGCUACGGUGUUGAGUGCUGAGCCUCUGCCCGAGCUGUCACCGGCAUCCACACCCCUGCGCGGCCAGUGAGGGUCAGGAUGGCGCGGAGGUCAGCAUCGGGGGCCCCAGAGACUUGUCUGCAGCCAAGGCAUGGGACGACUUCGGUCCUUGCCAGGACCUCCAGGCCUGUAACUGCCCCUUGCUGCCCAGUUUCUGUCUCUGUAAAAUGGGGCAGGAAGGAUGCCAGCACCCGGGGGUUGGGUGAGAAGGGGCUACUUAGCACCCGGGCAGGGUUCAAUAAAGGUGGGUGCAACUUA